AUGGCGACCAUUCACCACAAGCAGAUGCAGAAGCACGUGUCCAUGGAGCUCUCCACCGCCCACAUGCACACCUUCUCCACAACCAAGAUCACGGGCACAGAAGUUGUGUUGAGAAAGUCCUCAAGCACUGUAGAGUUCUUCAGCCUGGUGACCUGAAGUUCUGACACCCCUGCAGGAGAGAGACUCCCAGAGUUUGUGGAGAAGCCUCAACCAGACACUGCAACAAAGGGGGAUAAAGCCGUGUUCCAAGCCCAGGUGCAGGGGAACCCCAAGCCCAGCAUGUCCUGCGGGAGAGAGAGUGGCAUCCCCAUCAAGGAGUCUGCAAUCUACGACAGCAUUAACGAGGAGCACGUGCUGAAGCUGUGGGAGCCACUGACCUCGGAUGAUAGAUGUGCAUUGCAACAAUGACAUGCAGACACCAUCUACACCAUGUUUUUGCUGGUGGCAGAGUGUCAAGACAAAAUGGAUUUCUAAAAGAUGUUGAAGAAGAGGGCACCUCCUGCUCCCAAGAAGCAGCAGCAGAAGGUGACAAAUGAGAAGGAGAUGCUGGAGAUUUUGUCCAAGUUGCCCAAGAAGGACUUUGAGAAGGUCUGCAUGGAAUACAGUUUCACUGACUUCCAGGGUCUGCUCAAAAAGCUCAAAGAAAUGAAGAAAGUGGAGGUGGAGACCACCCAGAUUCUGAAGCCCCUGGAAGACAGAGAGGUCAAGAUUGACACCACAGUGGUCUUUGACUUCAUCAUGGAGCUGAAGGACUCCAAUGUCAAUGUGAUAUGGAUGAAGUGGGGGGGUAAUGAACCACUGGGGAUCCAGUAUCUGGGCAAGUACGAUGUGAAGCAGAUGGGCACCAAGCACAUGCUAGUUAUUACCAAUGUGAACGUGAAUGAUGCAGGUGCCUACAGCCCAUCCGUGGGUGACAAGUGGAUGAGAGCAGAGCUCACAGUGCUCGAUGAGCCGCUGAAGUUCAAGGGAGAGAAGAAGCCGAUGAAGGUCAGAGAGCACCAGACAGCUGUGUUUGAGAUCUGCCUCCCCAAGAAAGUGCCCAGCUUUGUGUGGAAGUUCAAUGGGAAGGAGCUGAAGAGGGAUGAAAAAUAUGACAUCACAGUGUCUGAGGAUGGCCUGACGCAUACACUUAAGGCUAAGGAUGCCAGACUCAUCAAUAGUGGAGAGUUCUCUACCGUGGUGGGGGAGCUGGUGCAGAAGGCCCAGCUCACUAUUGCCUGCAUCCCCAUCAAGUUUGUGAGAACCCUCAAGAAUGUAUGUGUGAAAGAGAGGAGCCAAGCAUGCCUUGAGUGUGAGCUGACAUCCAAGGAUGUGACACUCCAGAAGAAUGGGCAGCGGCUGGAGUUUGGCACAGAGUACAGCAUGAUCUAUGAGGGCAAGCGAGCAGAGCUGGUCAUUGAGGAUGCCCAGCUCACUGAGAGUGGUUGGCACACCAUAGGGGCCAUGCAGGAUGAGAACCCCACUGAAUACUGCAGAACUGCCGUGGUCACCGGGGAAGAGCAUCUGGCCACAGUGAAGAGUGGGAUGUCCGAUGUGCACGUGGCUACUGGGAGCCUGACUGAGCUGUACGUAGUGCUGAACAAUGAGAAGGUGAAGGGCAUGUGGCUGAAGGGUGGCAAGGAGAUCUGAGACUUGCCUGGCAUGCAGACUGUGAAGCAGGGUGCGGUGCACAUGCUCAUCUUCCUCAAUUUGGGCCCCGAACAUGAGGGCAAAUAAUUCUGGGCCAAGGACGUGGAGAGCAAAGCCUCCGUAUUCAUUGCAGAUCCUCCUACCAUCAACCCAUCAAUACUGGAGGCACUGGCAGUGCACCCCGUGACCAUGAAGAUGAGUGACACGGCGAACAUCGAGGUGCCCUUCUGAGCAAAGCCACUGCCCAAAGUGACGUGGUACAAGGACGGUGUGGAGGUGACAGAGGAGGAAUGUGUGUCCAUGGAGGGUGGGGAAGACGAAGCACCACUCAUCAUUUCAAACUGCAUGUGUAAGGACAGCAGCCUCGUUCUGCUCAAACUCGAGAAUGACCAUGGCAGAGCCACGGCCACUUUGUACCUUAGUGUGCUGGACCAUCCCAAGCCUUCCCAGGGCCAGGUAGAGUUCCUGGAGCUCACGGAUAGUUCUGUGCAUAUGAAAUGGAAGGCUCCAAAGGACAAUGGCGGGUGACCUGUAAUGCAGUUCACAGUGGAACGGAGGGUGGUCAGCAAGAAGUCCUUUAUCAAGAUAGGCGAGGUGGGCAGCAAAGUCACUGAGAUCUCCAUCAACAAGGUAGGAGGAGGAAAACCCUAUCAGUUUUGUAUCCUGGCCGUCAAUUCCAAAGGAGUGAGUGACCCGCUGGAAACAGAUGAAGUGUUUGCAGGCAAUCCUAUCGAGCCUCCUGGUCUUGCCUCCCAUCCCCAAGUGGUUGAUGUGACCAAAGAGGCUGUGACCAUCAUAUGGAAUGCCCUCACUCAGGAUGGGGGAGCCCCAGUGCUUGACUGCAUUGUGCAAUGGAGAAAGAAUGGUAGUAUAUGGGUGUCAGUCCACAAGGACCCCAUCCAGGAUGAGGUUUAUACCAUGGACAGUCUCCUGGAGGACACAGAAGAUAAAUUCUGAGUUGUAGCUGUGAAUAAGGCAGGCCCCAGACAGCCCAGUAUAUCAUCCAACUCAGUGGGGGCCAAGAACCCUGUCAAACCCCCAGGAUUGGUCCGGGACCUGCACGUGUCUGAUUCCUCCAACUCCAGUUUCUCCCUGAUCUGGUGGGAGCCUGCAGGGAGAGACCCACCCUCCAGCUAUAUCCUUGAGAUGCAGGCCAAAGACAAGGAGUGCUCAAAGUGCGCAAAGAUCUCCAUCUUGGGCACCUGCUACAUGGUGGGAGGCCUCACUGAGAGGCGGAAAUUCUUCUUCUGAAUCCGGGAUGUGAAUAAGGCUGGGGUCGGAGUGCAGGACAAGGGGGUCCGUGCCAUGCAACCAGCAGGCGCCCCCAAGUUUGACCUCAGGAAGAAUCAUGUGGUGGUUCGGACUGGGACAGCCCUCUGCAUCCAUGCUGCCUUCCAGGGCUCACAACCACCCGACAUGAUCUGGCAGAAAGAUGGCACCCCCACCAAGGGCCAGGAAAGCAUCACCAAGAGCAAAAACUACUCCCAGUUCCUCCUCAACAGCACCAAGCACUCUCACUCAGGGGUGUACUGCAUCUUGCUCCAGAAUGAGCUUGGAGGAGCAUACUAUGACAUCCACUCUGUUGUAGAUUUUCCACAGUAACCCACAAACCUACAGCUGUUUGAAGAGGUCCCUAACAUGGUGACUCCAACCUGGAACCACAGCCCCAACGUGCAGGAGGGCGGUGAGGCGCACUAUGUCAUCAUGAAGAGGACGCGAGCAGCCACCUGGGGCACUGCCACCUGGUUCACAGCGACCCGGCGUUCGUUCCGCAACAAGUACACCAUGACAGGGUUGCUCCGCAGGAAGUACUGCUUCCAAGUUGUGGCCCUUGACAGGGAUCCGCUGGACUCCAAGGAUACCUGGCUCGUCAACAAGGACAAGAACGGGGACCUGAGCGCCCCGCUGAAGCCCUACCAACAGGACUGGCGCCACUCGCCGCGCUCUCAGACCCCGCUCAAGCCGCACAUCGCGCUGCGCGGCGAGGACCGCACCACGACUUGCGCCUUCCUUGGGAACCCGCGGCCCGCAGCGACCGUCUACAAGGGCGGCGUCAACAUCACGGCCAACUCCAAGUUCUGGUACAAGUCCACCAGCAGAGUGUGCACGAUCUUCAUCCCCACCUGCACGCUCCAGGAGGGCGGCGAGUAAAGCGUGCCGGUGGAGACAAGCCGGGCAAGCCCCGCAGGAACUGCAACCUCAUCAUUAACACUAACAAAUACUUGCUUUGCUCUUUCAGACAAAGAUGACACGUCAGUUCUAGCAUCUGUCACUGAGAGUCUGCAGAAGAACUCAAAGUACCUUAUGUGA